AUGGCAACAGAGUUGUUGAAGAAGAUGGACGUCACUCUCAAUGGUGCCUUGGCCAAAAGUGAGGAUAUUGCCACUGACUCUCCAGCGGAGAAGCAGGAGGAGGAAGUGGCUGAUGCCCUGGGAGAUGAUGACGAGGAAGCUGAGGAUGAUGAUGAUGAUGAUGAUUCUGCUGCUGCUGACACUCCAGAGCCUGCUGGCUUUGACGAGGAAGUGACUGAUGCUCUUGCUGAGGAUGACACUGCAGAGGUGGAUGAGUUGCAGGGGGAGGACAGUGAAGCCCUGGAGGGUGAUGAUGAUGAUGAUGCUGAGAAAGAAGAGACCCCUGCUGACACUCCAGCCCCAGCCGAGUUGGAAGAGGCCUUGGGUAAGGCACUUACUAGUGGCUUAGUUGAGACCAAGCCUUCCGCUGAUUCCAAGACUUCCAUUGAGAAGAGGGUUGUAGGUGGUAGUGUAUCCAGUUCCAGUCUCUGGACUUGGCAGAUCUCUCUCCAAGUCAGGUCUGGCAGUAGGUCCCGCCACAUCUGUGGAGGGUUUCUGGUCAAGAGGAACUGGGUGAUGACUGCAGCUCACUGCGUGGAUAGUCUCAAGACCUAUCGUGUGGUCGCUGGUGAGCGUGACCUCAACAAGCAGAGCCGCAGGGAGCAGUCCUUAGGUGUUUCUGGCAUCUACCUUCACCCUGGUUGGAGAAAAGGCUUGGCUUCAGGCAAUGACAUUGCCCUGCUGCGCCUCUCCUCAUUCGCUACACUGAACCGCUACGUGAGGCUGGCCGUACUGCCUCGAGCCAAUCGGGUGCUCCGUCAUGGAAACAGAUGCUGGGUCUCCGGCUGGGGACUUACAUCAACCAGAGGAAGAAUCUCAAACCUGUUGAGGCAUGCCUACCUGCCCAUCGUCAGCCAUCGCGUGUGUAGACGCCGAAGCUGGUGGGGAAGCACAGUGAAGAGCUCCAUGGUGUGCGCUGGAGGAGAUGGCAGACGCUCAGGAUGCCAGGGAGACUCUGGUGGUCCUCUGAACUGCAUUGUGGGCAGGAGAUGGGUGGUCCACGGAGUAACCAGCUUCGGCUCCUCCCGUGGAUGCAACGUCAGGAGAAAGCCAACUGUGUUCACUCGCGUGUCUGCACACAUGCGCUGGAUCUGGAGUGUUAUUGGAGCUUAA